GCUCUUGCUUGAAACUGAGCUCCCUUUUUCUUUAGAGGAGUGUUUGUAGAGAUCGGAUCUCUUCUCCAGCAAUUGUGGGAAAAGAAGGCUUUUUCUCUGAAAUCCUUUAGUGUAACCAGCGGCGUGAAAUUUUUGGAGGCCUUUUCAAAAACCUAGUAGUUAAAAUUCAUUUGUCUGAAUCUUACUUUAAAUUUAAGCUCAAACUGCUUAAGAAUACCUUCAUUCCUUAGGAAGAGUGAAAUAAUUUACUGCAAAGGAGGUUCCUCGAUUUGGGGCUUUUUUUUUUAUUUUUUUUAUUCCACCCUCGUUCCUGACUCUUAAAUCAACUGUCCCAUCAUGGUGAUGUUCAAGAAGAUCAAGUCUUUUGAGGUGGUCUUUAACGACCCUGAGAAGGUGUACGGCAGUGGUGAGAAGGUGGCUGGCCGGGUCAUAGUGGAGGUGUGCGAGGUGACCCGUGUCAAAGCCGUUAGGAUCCUGGCUUGCGGAGUGGCCAAAGUGCUCUGGAUGCAGGGAUCCCAGCAGUGCAAACAGACUUCGGAGUACCUGCGCUACGAAGACACGCUUCUUCCCGAAGACCAGCCAACAGGUGAGAAUGAGAUGGUGCUCAUGAGACCUGGAAACAAGUAUGAGUACAAGUUCGGCUUUGAGCUUCCUCAGGGGCCUCUGGGAACAUCCUACAAAGGAAAAUAUGGGUGUGUAGACUACUGGGUGAAGGCUUUUCUUGACCGCCCCAGCCAGCCAACUCAAGAGACAAAGAAAAACUUUGAAGUAGUGGAUCUGGUGGAUGUCAAUACCCCUGAUUUAAUGGCACCUGUGUCUGCUAAAAAGGAAAAGAAAGUUUCCUGCAUGUUUAUUCCUGAUGGGCGGGUGUCUGUCUCGGCUCGAAUUGACAGAAAAGGAUUCUGUGAAGGUGAUGAGAUUUCCAUCCAUGCUGACUUUGAGAAUACAUGUUCCCGAAUUGUGGUCCCCAAAGCUGCCAUCGUGGCCCGCCACACUUACCUUGCCAAUGGCCAAACCAAGGUGCUGACUCAGAAGUUGUCCUCAGUCAGAGGCAAUCAUAUUAUCUCAGGGACAUGCGCAUCAUGGCGUGGCAAGAGCCUUCGGGUGCAGAAGAUCAGGCCUUCUAUCCUGGGCUGCAACAUCCUUCGAGUUGAAUAUUCCUUACUGAUCUAUGUUAGCGUUCCUGGAUCCAAGAAGGUCAUCCUUGACCUGCCCCUGGUAAUUGGCAGCAGAUCAGGUCUAAGCAGCAGAACAUCAAGCAUGGCCAGCCGAACCAGCUCUGAGAUGAGUUGGGUAGACCUGAACAUCCCUGAUACCCCAGAAGCUCCUCCUUGCUAUAUGGAUAUCAUUCCUGAAGAUCACCGAUUGGAGAGCCCCACCACCCCUCUGCUAGAUGACGUGGAUGGCUCUCAAGACAGUCCUAUCUUUAUGUAUGCCCCUGAGUUCAAGUUCAUGCCACCACCUACUUAUACUGAGGUGGAUCCCUGUAUCCUCAACAACAAUGUGCAGUGAGCAUGUGGAAGAAAAGAAGCAGCUUUACCUACUUGUUUCUUUCUGCCUCUCUUCCUGGACUCUCACUUUUUCAGAGACUCAACCGUCUCUGCACAAUGGAGUGUGGCUCCACCUCAGCCUCUGACUCCCUAACAUAGGGGGGUGAUCAGCAGGCAAUCUCCUGGGCCUUAAAGGAUGCGGACCCAUCCGCAGCCAGCGCCGACGUUGUGAGACGGGGUGUUUGCUGGAUGGGUUUAAAAACAACUGGAAAAACUCAGGCCCAUCCAUUUUCUCAGAUCUUGAAAAUUGAGGCCUUUUCAGUAGUUUUGGGUCAGGUAGAAAUGGCCUCCUGGCAUAAGCUUUUCAAGGUUUUUUGGAGGCUUUUUCUAAUUGUGAUAACAACUUAGGACCUUGAACUUAUGUAUCAUGUGGAGAAGAGCCAAUUUAGCAAACUAAGGAGAUGAAAAGGGAAAUUGUGGCCAAAACUUUUGGGAAAUGGAGGUUCUUAAAAUCAGCGUUCCCUGUUAUACACUUGUAGAAAAAAAAAAGAAAAGAAAAACCUUCCAGGGCUGUUUUGACAGACAUUGGAGAGACCUUUCCCUGUGAUUUGAAAGGAAGCUGCUGCUCUACGGUCGUUUUUGCUUAGAGUGCACUUUUAACCUGGCUUUUAAAGCAGUAACUGUCCCACCAAAAGCCUUAAAAGCCAUUUUAACUAUUGCACUGUGUUCUCCUGUUGCAAAUAUUUUCAUACGGGAGGAUGUUUUUCUCUUCGUUCAAGUCCUUGGAAUUGAUUCUAAGGUGAUAUUCUUAGCACUUUAGUUCCUGUCAGAUUUUUGGUUCUCCCCCUCUGCCAUCUUAAAUGUAAGCUGAAACUGUUCUACUAUGUCUCCAGGGGUAAAAGCCCAAAGACAGGAAAAAAAAAAAAAAAGGGUUAACUGCUUUUGAGAUUGCCCCAAUGUACAGGAUUAUAUAAUUCUAACACUCAAAUCAUGUGAAAGGGUUGCUGCUUUCAGCCUUGCCCACUGACCUCUCCAGACCCAAGGAGGAACAGAUGCCCCAGCACUGUGAUCAGAACCUCUAGAUACUGCCACGAGAAACCAGAGGGCAGGUCUUCACAAAAGCCCUUCCGACCCCUUCCUGCCCAGUGUUAGGAGAUAGGGAUACUGGCCCCUCUCUCGCUGCAGCUGCCGGCAUUUGGUCAGUCACUCUCAGCUAUAGCACUUUUGUUCACUGUCCUGUGUCAGAGCACUGAGCUCCACCCUUUUCUGAGAGUUCAUACAGCCAGAAAGUGUGGGCUGAAGGUGGUUUCAUGUUUUUGUAUUAUGUAUCUUUUUGUAUGGUAAAGACUAUAUUUUGUACUUAACCAGAUAUAUUUUUACUCCAGAUUGGGGGUAUUCUUUGUAAAAAAUCAAAAUAAAGUUUUUUUAAUGG